GGGACACUAAGGGAAAUUCGUAGAUUCGUCCGGGUGGGAACCAGAAUCGUUCGGUUUUGGGAGCAGUCGGAACAAAUUCUUGAAACACGGUCCUACACCUACAUGCUACAUGUGGAAAUUGAUGUACAUGUUGGUCUUGUUAUGAGGAAUGACAUAUGAAUCAUGAUCACCAAACGUCUGUAUAUUGGUGGUCUGACCCACAAUAUAUCUGAGAAGGAUUUGAAAGACAGGUUUGGCAAAUUUGGAGAAGUAUCAGACGUGGAACUGAUUACUAGGAAUGAUGACCAUGGUAAUCCUAUUAAGACGUUUGGAUACAUCAACAUCAACAUCUCUGAUGCUGACUUCCAUAAAUGUAUGACCGUCUUGAAUAAAUCCAAAUGGAAGGGUGGAACACUCCAAAUUGAAGCAGCGAAGGAAAGCUUCCUGCACAAGCUUGCUGUAGAACGUCAACAAGCAGCAGAGAAGACUCAUACAAAAAGCGUCAGCCAUAAAGAAAAAAUAAUUGACACCUUGAAACAAGCUGGAGUGGAGAACUUCCAUAUGAAGGCAGCUGUCCCUGGGACAGAAAUACCAGGACACACGGACUGGGUCGUGAGCAAAUUUGGACGUGUUCUUCCUGUUCUCAAUCUCAAAUGUGAAAGCAAGAAAAAGGUCAUCAAAUAUGAUCCAUCCAAGCACUGUCACAACAUAAAAAAACUGGACACCGGGACGGACACCACAGAGUUCACACCGGUGUCCAAGUUGACGUGGGAGAUCUCUGGUGGUGACGACGAGAUCAGUAAAAAGAGACGAGGAGAGUUCCCGCCACAAAAACCGAAGGCUAAAAAAAUCAAAAAGACCUCGUCUGUUUUGCCCCUUUCAUCAAUACCGCCUUCGGACAGUGAUCGUACAUCUGAAAAUGGAACACGGACAUUGAAAGAGGCUCAACCGGCAGCAAAAGAAACGGAAGAUAACAUAGAGGUGGUGGGGGAUGACUUUCUGAUGAGGUCCAUUCUAUUCCAGUCUGGGGAAGGCAAACAUUCCAUGUCAUCUGGGCAUGUGCGGGAUGAUGAAGAGUACGACUCUGCUGACACGGAUGAGAUUCUUACCAGGAAUAAAGGACCAAGCGUCCCAGAAAAGAAACGCCACAACAAAGACUCAGAAAUUAAAUUGGUACCUGAAAAGCCAUCAGCCAAGGGGAAGUUGUCUGAGAAACAACCACCUGCUGCUUCUAAAACCGCACCCCUCACCAAGAAACCCACAGCGCCAUCAGACGAAAAUGUGGACGAAUCAGACAGUGACAGUGAUGGUGGUAGUGAAGAAUCAGACCACAGCAUGGACUCAGACAACAGCAGUGUAGGAUCAGAUUAUGAAGCUAUGAUGGGCAAUUGUCGCAGGUUAGAGAUAUCGUUUGCAGAUCUGGAAAUGCUUGCUAAGCAGUGCUCAGAGGAUGAGGAAGAGGAGGAGAAACCUGAAGCAUCCACAUCAGCGUCUGCUAAGGCACCUCCAAAACGGGGCAUCACCCCUGAAGACAUCUUGGCCUCUCUUCUGGGAACAGCCAGCAGCGAGGAUGAAUCCGACGGAAAGAAAACUGCGAAGAAGAAAAAGGCGAAGAAAAAGACUGCCAGUAGCACAACUCUCCCGGCGUUCAUGGGCACUAAGGAUCUGUUUGGAAUGCCUGAUGCUUCAAAGUCUGAGUCGGAAACAGGCUUGAAAACACAGAGCAAGGUUGCUCCGGUUUUGUCUGAGAGAGCCAUUUCAAAAGAUGCUUCAUCAUCUGGUGAAGACUCUGAGAGUGAUAUGGAGGAGGAGGAGGAAGAUGAUGACGAUGAGGAAGAGGUAAAAGAGAAGGAAAAGGUAGCUUUGGUUUCAAUUGUUAAUAAGAAAGAUAUGCCAAAAGCAUUGCCAACCUCUAAAGACUCUGAGAGUGAAGAUGAUGAUGAGGAGGAGGAGGAGGACGACGACGACGACGACGACGAUGGUGAGGAGGAGGAGAUGGAGGAAGAAGAGGUGAAAGACAUGAAAAAGGUAGCUGUUAAUGAUAAGAAAGUCACGACAAAAGAUGCACUGUCAACUUUUAAGGACUCUGAGAGUGAAGAUGAGGAGGACGAGGAAGGAGGCGACGGCGACGAUGGUGGGGAGGAGGAGAUGGAGGAAGAAGAGGUGAAAGACACGAAAAAGGUAGCUGUUAAUGAUAAGAAAGUCACGACAAAAGAUGCACUGUCAACUUCUAAAGACUCUGAGAGUGAUAGUAGUGAUGAUGAUGAUGAUGAUGAUGAGGAUGAAGAGGAGCUGGAGGUGGAUAGUCCACCAAAGUCCUUGAAGAGCACCCAGUCAAAAACACCCAAGGAGACAACAUGCCCAUCAUCAGCCAGCAGUGAUUCCUCUAGUGAGGAGGAGGAGGAAGAUGAUGAUGAUGACGACGACGACGACGACGAGGAUGAAAAGAGCAAACCCAGUGCCAGUAAACCUGAGGCCAUGUCUUCCCAAAAGGAGUCUGCGACCUCCAAUACAGCUCCUCCUGCGCCUCCUGUCCGUGCUCCCCAGGGAGAUGCGGAGAAACAGAAGCUUGACAACCAGAAGCGGCUGGCUGCCCUGGAGCAGAGGCUGAAGGAGUCCGCCCAGCAGAAGCAGCUCAUCCAGGGAGCGCUUGCUAAAGUGGACGCACCAAACACAAACAAAAGCAAGCACAUCGUCUUUGGCUCCGAUGAGGAGCGUGAGGAAGAGGAUGAGGAAGAUGACUUGUCGGUCCCCAAUACUAAAGUCAAGGACCUUUUUGAAGACGAAGCAGAGCACACUGUGGCAAAGCCUAAAAGCAAAGAGUCAGCCAGUUCAAAGCCUAAGACAGCAGGUGGUAGUAAGCUGUUUGACAGCAGCGAGGAGGAAGAGGAAGAGUCUGCAGAUGAUGAACGCUUCCAAAUUAAACCCCAGUUUGAAGGCAAAGCUGGGCAUAAGCUCAUGGAAUUGCAAUCCAGAUUUGGAGCAGACGAGAGAUUCCAAAUGGACUCCAGGUUUAUGGAGUCUGAGGAUGAGGAGGGGGAGGAGGAGGAAGAGGAAGGGCUGAAGGGUUCAGGUAAAGAUGCACAUGCAGGUGAAGAGCUUACAGAAGAAAAAAAUAAAAAUAUGGAAAUUCUUCGCAGUGUUCUGAAUAUAGAUAAGCAGCCCAGUGCUGUAGAAUCUGCAAAGACCAAGAUCUUCAGGGACAUCUCCACACUGCACUAUGACCCCACUCGAGAGGACCACGCAGCCUUCGAGAAAAAGAAAGAACCUAAACCAGAAGGGAAGGCUGCCAAGCGGAAGAAGCGAGCGGAGGCUGAGAAGCUCCCGGAGGUCUCCAAGGAGAUCUUCUAUGACGUGGCCGUAGACCUGAAGCAGGUGUUUGGGUCCUCCGCCACCACGGCGGAAGGAGAGAAAGAUGGCGUGGCGUGGGACGAAAAAGACGAGGCAGAACCAGAAGCAGAAGAAGAAGAGAUGGAGAUGGAACAAAGUGUAACCGUAACCAACGACGACACAAGCAAACAGACAAACAUCUCACUGGCCGUUCCAGAGAAUAUGGAAUCGACUGGUUUCAAGUUCUCCUUUUUUGGGGAGGAUGAGGGCAUGGAGACAGAUGCUGCUGUGAAGAAAGAUGAGUAUAAAAUUGAGGCAUUGAAGGGCCCGAAGGUGUCGUGGCAGGCAGACCCUCGUUUCCAGGACAGCAGCUCGGAAGAGGAGGAAGAGGAGGAGGACACAGGGGAAACGGUGGAGGAGAAGAGCGCUACACUCGGUGCACAAGUCAAUGACCUGAAGCCUUUGAAGAGAAUGUUCUUUUUUUACAAGGACGACGAACGUCUGAAAGAGGGGCCCCAGAUGUUCUGCAGGCCUGGUAAACUAGAGGAUCUAAAGGAGGAGUGGGAAAGCCAGAGGGCCUCCUUGAUAGAGGAGUACAGGAAAAAGCACAAGGCUGCCAGGAAGGCGCUGAAGGAGUCUUACAAGUGACACUGAUGCUCUGUGAUGACCCCACUCAUGCCCUACCUACCACAGUACCAUAUAAUUAUGUUGUAUGAAUGUGUAUUUGUCUUUAUGAUAACUGUAUUUAAUGAUUUCCACAAAUAAAUCCCUCUUUCCACAUAAGUCA